AUGGCGGCGGGGAGGCUCCUGUGGUUGACCACGGUACUUAUUCGUCUCUGGCUGGGAGCGUCUGACUUGUGUUACGCACAGUCGACCCUGCUGACCUUCCAAGACCUGCUGCCGGACGACCCCCGCCUCUACGACAAGAUGCGCCCCCCCAAGAUCAACGACCAGCCCACCGUGGUCAACUUCCACGUCACCGUAAUGGGGCUCGACUCCAUCGAUGAGAACUCUAUGACAUACGCAGCUGACAUCUUCUUCGCUCAGACUUGGAAAGACUUUCGAUUGCGACUACCCGAAAACAUGACUUCAGAAUACAGACUGUUGGAAGUCGACUGGCUGAAGCACAUGUGGCGCCCAGACUCAUUCUUCAAGAACGCCAAGUCGGUGACCUUCCAGACGAUGACCAUCCCCAACCACUACGUUUGGUUGUACAAGGACAAGACCAUCCUGUACAUGGUGAAGCUCACGCUGAAGCUGUCCUGCGCCAUGAACUUCCUCAUCUACCCCCACGACACUCAGGAGUGCAAGCUGCAGAUGGAAAGCUUGUCUCACACGACGGACGACCUGAUCUUCCAAUGGGACCCGGAUGUGCCACUGGUGGUGGAUGAGAACAUCGAGCUGCCACAACUGGAGCUGGUCCAGAACAGGACGGCUGAUUGUACGCAGGUCUAUUCUACUGGUAACUUCACCUGCUUAGAAGUGAUCUUCAAGCUGAAGAGGCGACUGGGGUACCACUUGUUCAACACUUAUAUACCUACUUGCCUGAUCGUCAUUAUGUCUUGGGUCUCAUUCUGGAUCAAGCCGGACGCGGCGCCUGCGCGGGUCACCCUCGGCGUGACGUCACUGCUGACUCUAUCUACCCAGCACGCCAAGUCGCAGGCGCAGCUGCCGCCAGUGUCGUACUUGAAGGCUGUCGACGCGUUCAUGUCUGUUUGUACUGUGUUUGUGUUCAUGGCCCUAAUGGAGUACUGUCUGGUGAACAUCGUGCUUGGUGACGGAGCUGGGAAGCCCAAGGAAGCAGCAGAAGCCGCCAAAGCGCGCAUGCGCGCCAUCAACAUCGACCGUUUCUCCCGGGUGUUCUUUCCGCUCUUGUUCUCCGUGCUCAACGCCACCUACUGGAUACAGUUCGCUCAAUACAUCUGA